GGGAGGGGGAGAGGAGGCGGGGUCCUCCCGCAUCCCGGCGUGCCGCGCGGCCCGGAAGCGGCGGCGGGCCGCCAUGGAGGAGGACGAGCCGGAGCUGGCGGCGGGGCUGGAGGCGGCGCUGGAGCUGGCGCCCGCUGUGCAGGCGGCCAUCGAGCAGGUAUUUCCCAGCCAAGAUCCACUGGACAGAGCAGACUUCAAUGCUGUGGAAUAUAUUAAUACUCUCUUUCCCACUGAGCAAUCUUUGGCAAACAUCGAUGAAGUCGUGAACAAAAUCAGAUUGAAAAUAAGGAGGCUGGAUGACAACAUUCGAACUGUAGUGAGAGGACAAACCAACGUGGGACAGGAUGGCAGACAGGCUCUGGAAGAAGCCCAGAAAGCGAUUCAACAACUCUUUGGUAAAAUUAAGGAUAUUAAAGACAAGGCUGAAAAAUCAGAACAAAUGGUUAAAGAAAUCACGCGGGAUAUCAAGCAGCUAGAUCACGCCAAGCGUCAUCUGACCACCUCCAUCACCACCCUCAAUCACCUCCACAUGCUGGCGGGGGGUGUGGAUUCACUGGAGGCUAUGACCAGGAGGAGACAAUAUGGGGAAGUUGCCAACCUUCUCCAAGGUGUCGUGAAUGUGUUAGAGCACUUCAACAAAUACAUGGGGAUUCCUCAGAUUCGACAGCUUUCUGAAAGGGUGAAGGCAGCGCAGAAUGAGUUAGGACAGCAAAUCCUGGCUGACUUUGAAGAAGCCUUUCCUUCGCAAGGGACAAAGAGGCCUGGUGGACCCAGCAAUGUCCUGCGUGAUGCAUGUCUAGUUGCCAAUGUCCUGGAUCCCAGAAUCAAACAGGAAAUCAUCAAGAAAUUUAUUAAGCAGCACCUCUCAGAGUAUUUGGUCCUCUUCCAGGAAAACCAAGAUGUCGCCUGGCUGGACAAGAUUGACCGGCGCUAUGCUUGGAUAAAACGUCAGCUGGUGGACUACGAGGAGAAGUAUGGGCGCAUGUUCCCCCCGGAGUGGUGCAUGACGGAGCGCAUCGCGGUGGAGUUCUGCCACGUCACCAGGACAGAGCUUGCUAAGAUAAUGCGCACAAGAGCAAAGGAGAUUGAGGUGAAAUUGCUUUUGUUUGCAAUUCAGAGGACAACCAACUUUGAAGGACUUCUGGCUAAACGCUUCUCGGGUUGCACUCUGGCUGAUGGGACAGUGAAAAAACCAGAAGUGCCACCUCCCUCCACCAACCCAUUUCUGGAGGAUGAGACUGGGACAGAAACAGAUGAAAUUGUGAUUGAGAAAAGUGAUACGGACAGACCAAAGAAGCCAAAGGUCCCAGACAACCCUUUCCAUGGCAUUGUUUCCAAGUGUUUUGAGCCUCACCUUUAUGUAUAUAUUGAGUCCCAGGACAAAAAUCUCGGCGAGCUGAUUGACAGGUUUGUGGCUGACUUCAAGGCUCAAGGUCCUCCCAAGCCCAACGUGGACGAAGGAGGAGCUGUCCUGCCCAGCUGUGCCGACCUCUUUGUUUACUACAAGAAGUGCAUGGUGCAGUGCUCGCAGCUCAGCACGGGCGAGCCCAUGAUAGCCCUGACCACCAUAUUCCAGAAGUACCUUCGGGAAUAUGCCUGGAAAAUUCUGUCUGGAAACCUGCCCAAAACAACUAGCAGCAGUGGUGGGCUCACCAUCACUAGCCUGCUGAAAGAAAAGGAAGGCUCUGAAGUGGCGAAGUUUACUUUUGAAGAACUCUGUCUCAUUUGCAGCAUCCUUAGCACUGCAGAGUACUGCUUGGCAACCACCCAGCAGUUGGAAGAGAAACUCAAAGAAAAAGUGGAUGCAAGUCUAAUGGAAAGAAUCAACCUGACAGGAGAGAUGGACACUUUCAGCAUUGUGAUCUCCAACAGCAUACAGCUGUUAGUGCAGGACCUGGAUGCAGCCUGUGACCCUGCCCUGACUGCUAUGAGCAAGAUGCAGUGGCAGAACGUGGAACAUGUUGGUGACCAGAGUCCUUAUGUCACCUCGGUGAUUCUUCACAUUAAACAGAAUGUCCCCAUCAUCCGCGACAACCUGGCCUCCACAAGAAAGUACUUCACUCAGUUCUGUAUUAAAUUUGCAAACUCCUUCAUUCCCAAGUUCAUCAACCACCUGUUCAAGUGCAAACCCAUUAGCAUGGUGGGAGCAGAACAGCUGCUGCUGGACACUCACUCCCUGAAAAUGGUUCUCCUGGAUCUGCCUUCCAUUGGCUCCCAAGUGGUGAGGAAGGCUCCGGCCAGCUACACCAAGAUAGUGGUGAAAGGCAUGACUCGGGCUGAAAUGAUCCUGAAGGUGGUUAUGGCUCCGCAUGAGCCCCCAGUUGUGUUUGUGGACAAUUACAUCAAACUCCUUGCCGACUGCAGCACAGACACUUUCCAGAAGAUACUAGACAUGAAGGGCCUGAAGAGGAGCGAGCAAAGCAGCAUGCUGGAGCUCUUCCGCCAGCGCCUCCCGGCCCCCCCCUCCGGCGCGGAGAACACCAGCUCCCUCUCGCUGAGCGCUCCUACGCCAGAGCAGGAGUCCUCUCGGAUACGGAAGCUGGAGAAACUCAUCAAAAAAAGGCUCUAAGUGAGCAGAAGGAAAAUUUGUUGCUCAGGACUAGCUGCAGUCGCUGGGGGCAAAGCUCUUCAGACUUACUAUUAUUUACACUAUGCUGCUGAAAAAUCAGUGUCCGGUCGCUCUCAUGCCCUGUGAUCUGUUAACCAUCGUAGACCGUGGCACUGCAUCUCCCUUCAGACCAAGGGAGAAUCAGACCAAGGAGUUUGCCCUGUAGAUAGCUUAGCGUGGAUGAAACCGAGGACGCUGCCAGGUCCAUGUGGUGGAGAAAAUACAGGUACCUGGAAGCCAUCAGCUGUGAAGAUGGUGUAGAGGGAUUAUCCAGUCAGAAUACCUGGCUGGGACACACGUGGUGUCCCAUCAGCCCCGCUGGGCGCUCCCCCUGCGGCACUAAGGAUUUUGUCUGAGAAUUUGGUGUCAUUCCCCACUCCCUGAUGCAGAGCUGUUCCUCUAUUUCAUUAUUUAUUAAAAAAAAAAAAAAAAAAGCUUUAACAGCUGGGACGCGGCAUCUGCAGCUCACUGAAAUCAUUAGAAAUGCCCAGAAGAGAAGCCUGAAGCAGACUUCUCCCCUGCUGCCCGAGAGGCAUGCGUGCACAAACCACCAGUGAGACAGCAAGGCAGAUCCCUUUCCGAGCACGAGCAAAGGGCUGGAUUCAUCGCCUCCGCACCCUGGCAAACCGCCCGCCGCCGAGCCAGCAGCCUCCCUAGCUGUGGUGGCUUAAAGGCCAAAGCAGCCAUCUGCUGAGCCCGUCUGCAGCUUCUUGUUAUUUCUCCCGCGUGUGCUGGGCUCGGCCGCUGUCCCAACGGGAGUUUCCAUGCUCAUCUCGCCCUCUCCCACAAAGGGCCCUUCAUGGAAGAAGCGUCCCUCGCCCUCGUGCCAGCCGGCGUCCUCCAGCCCGGGUGUGCCCCUUUGGCACCCUCGCUGCCCGGCCGGGAGAGACGCUGGGAAGGCUGGUUUUGGUGAGGAGCCUGCGGCUGCCAGGGCCUGUUCCCGGGCAGGACGCUUACAGCAGCCUCGGACGUCAGGGGCCUUCCUCUCCUCCUCCUCCUCUUCGGUCUCCUCCUCCCAGCGUCAGCUUGAACCAGUGCAGAGGAGAAGAGAACCGAAGGUGAAAUAUUUGGCGUAACCCGUGCCACCCUCCUGCUCCCGCUGGCACCCGGCCACGCAGCUGGAGCGGGGCUUGGGCUGGGCUCGGGGGCCCGGAGCUCCCCUGAGCUGAGCCUUGCCUCAGCUUCCCCCAGGAGCCCCCGUGCAGGGACGCAUCGACUCCUUGGUAGCCCCACGGGAUCUCUUCCCAAGCUCCUCCGUGCCCUAUGGAUUGGGGGGCGGAUGGAGCAGUUGUGCCUGCUUGCUUUUAACUGAAGCUUCACUUGUAUUUGCAGAAGAAAAAAGCCACGCGCUGGUUUGGCAGGUGAGGAGCGACUCUGCCGUUGGACGCCUUCCUGGAAGGGUCACGCUCCACGGCAAGCCGGGGCUCUUGGACUGUAUUUAUUAGGGGUGUUGUCACUACGAGAUUACGAUUAACUGCUGCAGUUCUGGGAGGGACGGACCCAAUGCGCCCCGGGAGGACAAACUCCAUCCAGAGCUUCGCUGGAAGGUGGGAUGAGAGGUUUCCCCGAGUGAGCCAAAAUCCUGGGCUAACGCCGCGUCCGCCCGCCCGUGCUCGCAGGGGGGAGGCGCGGGCACGGGCUGUGCUCUGCCUCUCACCGCUGCCCAUAGGAGGGCAAAUUCUGUGCCCGGCUUUGUAAAGUCCUUUUUGCAGGGCCAGGUAAAAUCCCUUACUCAUUUUGCAAGGCCGACAAAUGAGCCUGCGCUUACAGCCAGGGCUGACCCCGUGCUUCGAGCAGGAGCGGUAAAUCAGCGGAGAUGAAAUCCUCGGCAGUCAGUUCUCGGUGACGCUGCUUGCAGCAGUCUGCCCCCGCAGCCAGGCGUGCGUUAACUCGUGUAUCAGCACCAUCCGCUUAGGAAAUCUCCUCGUGGGUCCCCGGGCCCGGACCCCGGCGGAGGAUGCCGUGGCUGUGGCCGUGGCCGUGCCGCCCGUCAGGAGCAGGGGGGCUGCUCGCAGGGCUCCCCGGCGGCGGGGGGGACUCGUCUCCGAACGGCUCGGAGGGGCGGCAGCUCCCGGCCGCUCGGUGUUUAGAAAUACUCGCUAAAUCCGUCGUUGCUUCACCAAGUUUCCCGUUUCUUAUCGGGGUUGCACAGGGAGUAGCGUUUGCUCUUGGUACACAUCGAGUGACCGAAGAGGGUGUUUGAAAGCACGGUGGGAUUGUGAGCAGCUCUUCCCAAGGGACAAAUUAAAUUACGUUAAGGUGCACGUGCAGAACGGUGUAUGCAUUACCGAAUGCAGUAGCCAGGGCGGGAGGAACACAGGGUUUGCAGAGAUGCGCUAUUCCCAGGGCAGAUAAAUAACUUAUUUUAGAUUAAUUUUUCCUUGCGAUGUCUGUGGACGACUCGCUAAAUUGUGAGUAGCUGAAGACCACAUUGAAGCUGUCGUCACGUGUCUUUCCCAGAAGACUUUUCAUUUUCUGCAUUUAAUUCUAAAGAGAAAAGGGAAAAUGGAUUUCUGGUUUCCGCCUUCGGAAGAACGCUGUAGGCCUGGAUGUUUUGAGUGCCACUUUUCUAGAAGGCAAGUUUACGUUUUUCCCCUUUCAGCUUUAAAAGGUUUUGUCCCCCUGACUCGGGUGUUUAUCGGCGCUGGCACUUCUGUACGUGUGAAUGUGAGCUGGGGGGGGUUAUGUCUCCGGGGGACCAACAAGGGUGUUCUUUUUCUGUAUAAAAGCCACUUUUUACAUUUUUUGGCCAAGGAGUAUUUCCGGCUGUAUGUUGGAGUGUCACACUAAAAUGGAUUAAAUGGUUACUGGUG